ACAACAGUAACAAUGCUGACAGUGAUGAGGAGGAUGCCAGCUCUCAGUCGGCUAACUCAGUCUCUGACUCCAGCCAUUCUUCUGCCAAACCAACAGUUAUCCCGAAUGCUAAGGAGAUCGACUUGGCCAGGAGGAAGCGUCGUGCUGCUCGAGCCCAGAAAGAGUUCAUCUCUUUGAGCAGAGAUGGCCGAAGCUCGGCUGGCAGCACCCCAGAUCACCAUAGCAGACAUGAUGAAGAUGAUGAUGAAGAGCCAGAUGAUCACGAGCGGAGGAUUGAGUUCGCCCCACGAAUGAAGAGCAUCAGGGAAACGAUUGCAGAAAAACUAGGAGGAUCUGAUGACAGUUUCUCAAGCACUGAUGGGGAGGAGCAGGAGCUUUGGGAGCAGACUCAGAUUGAAAAAGGAGUCAAGAGACGACCAGGAGAGCAGAGUCCAUCAGGCAGUGAGGCCAGUAGCAGCAGCAGCAGGCGGGCCAGAGAAACACACAAGAAGAGAUCAACAAAGCUCCAAGUCCCAAAGACUCAUCCUCCUGUUCCUGUCUCGAUGAUAAAGAGAAGGAUUACUGUAAAACUGGACUCUUUGAAGGAGGUGCACAGAGCACGGCAGGCAGAGCUGAGGAGGAUGGAGGGAGACGCUGAGAACGCUAAAUCCUCCUUGGAGCUGCUGGAGGAAAGUUCCUCAGAGAAUCAGCUCAAGUUUUACAGAACCAUGACUCUUUACGUUCACAACCUGGGGGAGUGUCUGCGGGAAAAGAUUGUUGAAAUCGACUCUUUGGAGCUGGAGUUGCACACGCUGCUGUCCAACCAGACGGAGGCGCUGUUGGCUCAGAGAAGAAAGCGGAUUCAGGAGCAGGCAGAGAGCCUGCAGCAGCUCAGCUACAACACGGAUGGGCAGAACGGCAGCUCAGUCAAGGAAACAAAUGUAUGGAACAAAACUGACCUUAGUACAGAGGAGGAUGAUGAGUCACAUAAAGACACAGAACUCUCUCCAGAAGAGGAGCAGAUGCAGAAAAGAAUCGCUGACACCCAGCUGAAGGCCCAGGCGGUGUUUUCUGAUGUCCAAGACGACUUCUGCGACGUGAAAAAGAUUCUGUCUCGCUUUGAAGAAUGGAGGCGAUCCUACUCCGAGUCCUACCACAAUGCCUACAUCUCUCUGUGUCUGCCCAAGUUACUGAACCCCAUCAUUAGACACCAGCUGCUGGGGUGGAACCCUUUAAAAGAUGUCAGUGGAGACUUUGAAAACCUCCCAUGGUUCACGGCAGUGGAGACGUUCUGUCACGGGCACGACCACGAGGAGCUCGAGCACACCGACAGGCAGACGCUCUCUAAUGUCAUCGAAAAAUCCCUCCUCCCCAAAAUAACCGCCUUCGUUGAGCAGGUGUGGGACCCCGUGUCCCACCAGCAGUCAGCCUGCCUGUCUGGUGUUUGUCACAGACUGAGGGAGGAUUACUCCAUCUUUGAGGGAGAGCAGAGUAAACCAGUCAAGGGCUUACUUGAGGCUGUGGUCUGCAGACUGAGGAGCUGUGUGGAUGAAGAUGUUUUCAUCCCCCUGUAUCCUAAAAAGUGUUUAGAAGACAGAUCAUCUCCUCAGCGUCGCUUCAGAGAUGAGCAGUUCAGGACGGCUGUAAAACUGCUAGAAAACAUGGGAAAAUGGGAUCUGCUGCUCCCUGACUCUGUUUUGAAAGAGUUAAUGUUGGACAAGCUGCUGAAUCGAUACCUGAUGAUCACCCUGUGUAGCCAAACCCUGUCCAGCACGAGUGCUGCUUCUGCGUGCAAAAAGAUCGCAGAUUGUUUGCCUCUUUCUUGGUUCAAAGAUGAGAGUGUUUGUUUGCCGCAGCUCCAGAAUUUCAGGAACUAUGUAGUUCAAAAAGUACACAGCCUCUGCAAACAGCAGCCCCCUCAAGAUCCAAACACCAGGUCGGCUGUGACUGAAGAUCUGAAGGUUCUGAGUAGAAUCAGAUGCUACGACUCGAUCGUGGCUUUAACAGAGAAAUACAAAUAUGAAGAUGUUGUCUACGCUCACCAGCUGCUGAACCAAGAGGAAGAUUGAACAAGAAACACAAAGGAUCAGACCAAACAGAGUCACAUGUCAGAGGGGGAACAAAAUUAUCUUUUCUUAUUGGGAUGGAAAACUCUUCAGAAUUUUAAUCAGCAUUUGUUUGCUGUUCUGUAUAAAUGAUUAUAUAUUUUUAUGAAUAAAUGAGUUCAUUUAA